AUGCCAUCAGGACACGUCGAAGCCAAAGUCGAUGGGAUCAUCAUUGCCUCAUCCGACACCUACGAGCUUGUCGAGGGCAACGUGUACUUCCCGCCGUCGUCCGUCAAGUCUGAGUACCUAACCAAGACGGAUCUACACACCCACUGCCCAUGGAAGGGCGACGCCAGCUACUACAGCCUCAAAGUUGGAGACAAGGAACUAGCCAACGCUGCCUGGUAUUACCCCGAGCCCUUCGAGAAGGCUGCGCAUAUCAAGCACCACGUUGCUUUCUAUAAAACGAAGGUAGAUGUUUCUUCAGGGUAG